UGAAAUGCGGCGCCCACCCCGCGCCCCGCCAGCGCCAGCGUGCAGGACGGCGGAGAGCGGCUCUGUGGGCAGCUUCGUUCUCAAGAAGCGGGGCCUGGCGGCGGGCAGGGGUCGGCGUAAGCGGCCGAGCAGCGAUGCGAGGCAGGAAAGCAGCGGUGAGGAGGGCAGCGCGGUGGUGCGGAAGGAGCGGCGGCGGGAGGCUCCCAAUCCCAUGAUCCAGAAGACCAGGAAAAGCGCAAAGGAGAGGACCUCAUACGCUCUGAGCGGCAGUGAUGAUGAAAAUCAAUCAAAGGAGACUGGAGUCUCCUACAAAUCAACAAAGUCGGCGAAACCUGUUGGCCCAGAAGACAUGGGAGCCACAGCAGUGUAUGAACUGGACACGGAGAAGGAGAAAGAUGCCCAGGCCAUCUUCGAGCGCAGCCAGAAGAUCCAGGAGGAGCUCAGAGGCAAAGAAGAUGAUAAAAUUUACCGUGGCAUUAACAACUACCAGAAGUAUGUGAAGCCCAAGGACACAUCGAUGGGAAAUGCCUCUUCAGGAAUGGUCAGCAAAGGACCUAUCCGUGCUCCGGAGCACCUGCGGGCCACGGUGCGCUGGGACUACCAACCUGACAUCUGCAAGGACUACAAAGAAACUGGCUUCUGUGGCUUUGGAGACAGCUGCAAAUUCCUCCACGACCGCUCGGACCACAAACACGGCUGGCAGAUCGAACGGGAGCUGGACGAAGGCCGCUACGGAGUCAGUGAUGAGGAGAACUAUGAGGUGAGCAGCGAUGAAGAGGACAUGCCCUUCAAAUGCUUCAUCUGCAGAAGUUCCUUCAAGAACCCUAUGGUCACUAAGUGUAGACACUACUUCUGUGAGAGCUGUGCCCUCCAGCACUACUGCAAGUCCCAGCGCUGCUACGUCUGUGACAAGCAAACCAAUGGAGUCUUCAACCCAGCAACAGAGCUCAGGGCAGAACUGGAAAAACACAAAACAGAGGAAGAAGAGGAGGAGGAAGACCAACAGCGUUCAGACCCUGGAGAGGAUCCACAAUAGCAGAGCAUGCUCUUUUGUAUCUAGCUGAAUAAAGCUUUGACUGGGGGGCUGGGCGAGGGCCGAGGCAAAGCGGCGAAAUCUGCCUGCCCUCCCCUCUCCCCCUCCUUAUCUCUGCAGGUCCUGUAUUUUGAAAGCCUCUUGAUGGUUACAUAGUUUUGGAGUUUGAGGUUUCCUGGAUAAGCUGUUAAUUGCACUGGGAUGAGUUUUAGCAAUAUGGUGAGACAGCUGACUGAAGUGGAGCGUGUUUAGCACUUGUUAGGUUUUAUAGUGGAAUAUUAUGGC